AUGGUCUUCGAGGUUUCCAGUGGACAAGGAAGAAGUGGUUGCGGGCCACCUUGCGGCAGAGAGUACGUUCAUGAACCACAAGGUCUUCGACCCUCAAACCCAGCGCGUCGUUCUCAUCCGCUCGCAUGCCACUCAGAACGAUUUGAGGCACGCGCUCAAAGAAAAGGGAACGCGAAAGUCCACAGAGUAGUCUUUGCCAAACCGAGCAUCCGUUAUGCCACGUCUUACACUUCAUUUCUCACGGGGCAAAGCAGUGACAUUGACGCCUCCUGUGAAGAGGCAGACGAGAGGGCCAUCGCCAUUGCCAACGGCGUCCUCGACCCCAGGACUGGCGCCCCCCGCAACACAGCUCUUUCUCCUGCGGAAUGUGCGUUGAUUCGGGACUUCCAAGAAAAGGCCUUUUGGGGGUUGGAGGCAAAGCAGCUGAGGGCUGAAGCUGCGUCUAAAAUUGAAGAGACACGAAAGAAGAUGGUAGGGGAAGUGGCAUCAAAGGAGAUGCAAGAGACUAUCUCCUCAAACGCCAAGGGGACAGAGACUCACAAGACAGAGCGGCACACCCCAAAAGCCACAGGAGUCACCGUCCGCAUAGCUACGCGUGCUCCUGCUGCAGUCGCAGCGGCUAGUCCUGCUGCUGCUGCUCCCACGCAGCGGGAUGAGGCUAACUACCAAGCAGUAGGUCCUCCUGCUGAUGUUGUUAAUGCGUUUGACGCCUUCGUUGCUCCUGGUACAGUUUCCAGGAGCAGGAAAGAGCAAGAAACAGCAGCAGUUGUAGCAUCUCAUGAAAACCUCAAGACGGCCAAACGAUUGCUGCACAGCAUGAAGGACCAGGGCUUUAAGCUUAGUGGGGUUGCAGGCGCGUUUAGUGCAGCAACAAUGGCUGCAGCGCCAGCAGCAGCAACAUCAGAAGCAGCGCCAGAAGCAGCAGCAACACCACAGGCACGAGAGCCACGCUGUGGAGACAUCACAGGCUCGGCAAACGAAGCUGGGGGCAGCACUCAGCAGCGUCAAAGCAGCAGCAGCCUGUUGCAGUUUGCGUCAACAAUCAAAGACCUGCAGGCAAAGGUGCUCCUCAAGGGCCCCCCAGCAGUAGUUGGACGCAGAGAAGUCGUCAUCAAGACCCGCUUUGCUCAUCGCACGAAACUCAUUUCUGCUGCCGAAAGAUCCUCUCCUCCGUUCACCUCCCUCAACUCCGCUGCAGCAACAGCAUCAACAGCAGCCAUACCAGAUACCACAGAAGCCGCCGCCACCACAGCAACUGCACAGCCAGCGGCAGGGGCUGCUGCUGCAGAGAAAGGGGGAACCAGUGAAACAGCAGCAGCAGAAGCAGCGGUAGAAGCCCCAGUCGAUAGCGUUUGCUUGAAUAAUGCUGUUAGUGAUUUGCCUGCCGUGAGCAGAGAAACAGGAUCUUGGGGUGUAUGUACAGCUGAAGGGCCUCCGCUGAAGCGGCGGUCGUCUGCCGCCUUUGUUAAGGCCGACGACACAGAAGCGAUAACAGCCUUUUCAAGCUUUGUCUUCGUUCCUGGAGACAAGCUGCUGAGACCUACAAUUGCGAAACCAUGA